AUGCCAUUCUCAAAAUCAGCCUUUGCCGGCCUGCUCACGGACUUCUUGACGUCUUUCAACAUUCUCAUCGGUCAAAUCUACCAGAACACCAUGUAUGUCCGACUUCGAGACGCUCUCUUCUUUGGCUCGCUUUCCCACGGACUGGUAGUUGCCCAGUGUUCCUUGCCCGCGACUGUCUCCGUUGAUCUCUCCUGGCAUCCUCCCAAUGCCACCAACAUCAACUCCUUGGGCGCCGUCAUCAAUGGGACCGGUGUCAAUGGCUUCAUCUACAACUCCUCCGUCACCCCUGCCACCUCGGCUUACAGCACCUACAAUUGGUGCAACAUGCCUCAUGUUCGACGACAGGAGUAUCGUGUUCCUCCAAGCGAAUACAAGCUGGAAUAUGUUGAGCUGAUCCAUCGCCACCAUAAGCGAACUCCUUAUGCCGCCAAUACGUUUCCUCGUGAGACAUACGCCUGGUACUGCGACGACGAAGCCUUGUUCUACUACGGCACACCUCGACCAGAUGGCGCUUCCGCUCAGAUCAAUUGGCAAGUCUACACGUCUGACUCAAAUCCGCUGGCCCCUGAAGGCUUCAAUGGGACCUGCCAAUUUCCGCAGAUCAGUGGGCAAGGACUGAAUGACUCUCGUCAGCACGGCAAGGACUUGUUUGCCGUCUACCAUGACCUCUUGGAUUUCCUGCCCGACCAAUACAACACCCGGCAGAUCGCCUACCGUGUUACCAACAACGUCAUCACGUCUCAAGUCGCUGGUCAGAUCGUUGAGGGCCAGUGGCCCCAACAAUUCCGCAACAAACCCAUUGGUGUCGCCAUCCAACCCGACUCCAUCGAUUCCCUCGAGCCGGCCUAUGAAUGCGACGCCGCCGACGACCUGUACUCCAGCUACGGCGUUGGCGGCGACGCGGCCAACUGGACUCUGCACCUGACCGAGUCCGCCUCGCUGUUUGCCAAACUCGAUUCCGUGUCCGGAAUCAAUACUUCCGACCCAGACUGGCACGACUGGUUUGAUCACUAUUUCGACAAUCUGUCUGCGCGACUAUGCCAUCAGAAACCACUCCCCUGCGAAGCUGGGAACUCAUCUAACUGCAUUACGGAAGCGGAUGCGGACGCCGUCUUCCGCCGCGGCCAGUACGAAUAUAGCUUCAUCUAUCGUGAUUCGCCUGCCUCCCUCCCUGCCAGCACGGCAAGCUUCGGCAUCUGGAUGGCCGAACUGGCAGACAAUCUGCGCCAGGUCAUGAACGGAACGUCUUCAGUGAUCUACCGGCACAAUGUCGCGCACGACGGGUCCGUGUCGCGCCUACUUUCGAUCCUGCAAGUCGAUGUCAUGGUCUGGCCUGGUAUGGGUUCCGAGGUGAUCUUUGAGCUCUACAGUCGCGACGGCUGCUACUUUGUGCGGGUCCUCUUCGGUGGUCAGGUCAUGAAUAGCUCGAAUCCGAGUCUCGGGCGCAUGGAUAUGAUCCCAGUCCAAGGCCUUUUGAACUACAUUGAUGGCCUCGUAGGUGUCAAAGCGGCCAAGGUCCCGGAAUUGUGUUCCGGUUGA